AUGGAUAUCACAUAUCACCACAAGUCACAACACGGGGUAAGACUCACUGAGGUAACACUCACCGCGCCUGUUGGUGACAUAACCUCCGUCUUACGGUCUUUCUCUACGGCCGACAACAGUUCUCGAGAUUACAAGCUGCGCUCGAAGCAGUUAGGGGAAAGGCCGAAGCAGGUCGAAGAGAGACAGAAACAGGUUGAAGAUGAAAUCAGACGGGAGAAAGAGAGACGGGAACAAGCCGAAGACGAGGCCAGGCGGGAGAACAGAGUCGGGAACAAGCCGAAGAGCUCAUCUGACCCACUACUUUUGUGGAAACCCUGGAACAUCUGCUCGACACAACUGUCGGAGAUCUACCGGUCCGUCUCUGGCUAUCUUCAGCUGACACCAGGAGGGACGCCACAUCUAUUUACUUCACUGGAUGAGCUGGAAGGAUUUGGUCGAGAGUUUUCUGAAACGCCUAUAAGCAGCGAGCGAGACCUCGAGGCCUAUGAGCGAUUCGCCGUGGAGAAGCAUGUCCGCGACAUCAUUUCCGAGUUGUGCAAAAUACCCGCUGCUCGCGACGAGUUUGGCCUCGGCGAUGGAAUCCAGUUCAGAAAAAAUCAUACGAAUUCCUUAAACGAGAACGAAGCUAUUGAAGCGGAUGCAAGCCAACCGCCCAGUGUACACCGGCCAAGACCUGAUCAGUUUUGCAUCCAUCGUAUCGACGGCAACACUAACACGCUUCUAACGACUGUCGAGUAUAAACCGCCACACAAGCUUCCUGUCGCGACCCUUCGUAUGGGGCUCCGACCGAUGGACUUAUGGAAGGAGAUGGUCGGAUCAAACAAAGUACUGACAAAGCAGGAAGAAAAGUUGAAAGAUAAGGCAGAGCGACUUGUCUGCUCUGCGCUUGUCCAGGAAUACCACGUGAUGAUUCAGGAAGGGCUCGAAUAUUCCUAUGUGACAAAUGGGAUUGCUCGAGUCCUACUCCGUGUUCCAUGCGACGACCCUGGCACGCUGUACUACUUUCUUUGUGACCCCAAUAGCGAAUUGAACCCGGAAGUUGAAUAUACUUCUCAGCUACGGAAGACUUCUGUUGCGAGGACACUGUGUCUGUGUUUGAUGGCUUUUCGCUCGGCCGCGCGUGGCCAGGAAUGGCGAAAUUCGACACGACUAGACCUUCCCAUUUGGAAGACCAGCUCUGACCACACUCGUUCUCAGAUUCCCAAAUUAGGACUGCGGCAGACCCUUCUCCACCCAGAGAGUACCAACCCGGUGUAUCCGAGUCCGGAAUCCGGUUUAUCUUAUCUGCCAUCGUCUCCGCCGGGUUCUCCAGCAGCAGCAGCUCGCCGAGUACCUACAAGGUCUCAGGCGGGCCGCGCACCGUCAGGUGUUCUACCACGUCCCUCGCAGUCGCCAAACUCAUCGGGCUCCGAUUCGAACCAAGCAACAAGCCGCAAGCGGGGCCUCAUCCAUGUCACGUCAUCCCCGUCUACCCAACGAGCAGGUCGUCAACGGGACAAGGGAAGUAAUCAAGGCGACCAGGCCCGACAUCACAAUGCACAAUUUUGCACUCAACGAUGUUUACUCGGAUUGCAGUCUGGCGGUAUCCUAGACGACUGCUGUCCAAAUGUGAUGCUUCAUCGUCGAACCAAGGACGAUCUCCGACAUCCGAUAGCCUCGGGAGAUUUGCUGGGUUUAUUUAAAGCACAAUUGGACGAGAACAUUGACCGCUGCACACCUCUCGGGGGUUGUGGCGGAUACGGUGCGCCGUUCAAACUUACCUGCGUCGAAUACGGCUACACUGUCAUCGGAAAAGGAACCACGUCUGGGCUGUGGAAAGAAGUCUCCGGCGAAGCGCAGGUAUACCACAUUCUGCGAAAGGUCCAAGGGUUGGCCGUGCCUGUCUUCCUGGGUACCAUUGACCUGGCAAAAAUCUACUUUCUUCACGGAGCUGGAGAGAUUCGUCAUAUGCUCGUGAUGGGCUGGGGAGGAGAAAGCACGACAUCGAUGGAGCUGGCGCCCUGGCUCCGGCACGAAAUUCGCAAAACAAACAGAGAAAUCAAAGCCUUGGGAAUCAUUCACGACGAUCUUUCGCGUGACAAUAUUUUAUGGAAUAAAGAACUUGGCCGGGCAUUGAUCAUCGACUUUCAUCGGUCCACUUUGAAAUGUCGACCGACUUUGCAGCGAUCGGUUAAACGACGACUAUUUCCAGAGGCAGAAGAUCCCAAACGUCUUCGUGUGACGUGA